AUGUCCUCACACGAAAUAUUCGGUCAAAAACUAUACGAUGGCAAAACGAAAACGAUUUACUCGAUGAUUGAUCAACCGGGACUUGUUUGUAUACAACGAAAAGAUUCUUAUCAUUAUUCAUUACCUUCUACCACUGUAAGUGAAAAUACAGUGAUGAGAUCUCGUGCGUCUUCUAUCAUAAAUAUCAAUAGCAUAAUGAUGAAAAAUAUUCGAAAACAAUCAGCGAUUAAAGCUUAUUAUGAUAUCCAUGGUAAAGGUGCAUUGACAACAUCAAUUACAAUAUGUGUUUUUGAAAUAUUGCGUGACGCUGUUAUACCAACAUAUUAUGUUGCGCCUCAUCCCCAAUCGGAUAUAUUUAUCGCUCGUAAAUGCACAAUGAUACCAAUACUAUGGAUAAUACGACGACUGGCGAAUGAAACGUAUAUCAAACGUUAUCCAGGCAUACAAAAGGGUCAUCGUUUUAUCCCACCAUUAGUUGAAAUUUAUUAUAAACGUCAUCCUGUUGUCUAUAAAAAACCUAUUUUAGUCGAUUUAGAAACUGAUACGGAUAGUACUGAAAGUAUUAUUGAUGACGAGGAUGAUGAAGAAGAUGAAUCAUGUGUUAUCAUCUGGUCAUAUGAACAAUUGUUGAAUGCUAAAUUUGAUAUUGAAAAUAUGAAAAUUACACAAACAGAAGUUGAGUGUAUGCAUGAAACUGUAUGUGCUGUAUUUGAUAUACUUGAACAUGUUUGGUUAAUUAAUACAAACUGUCAACUAAUCGACUUAAAAUUAGAAUUUGGUAUAACAACAACAAAAGAAAUUGUUGUUGCCAAUGUUAUCGACAUAGAAACAUGGCAUUUAGUAAGAAAUGAUUUGAUAUUAAAUCAACAGCUCCCAUCUUCAAAUACCUUUUCAACAAAACAAAAUUGUAUUCAUGGUGAUAGUGAUGAAGAUGAAAUAAAAAAUAUUAAAGAAAAUAUUAUAUGGAUUAAUGAUUGUCUACGGGAUAUUUUAGACAUGAAUAAACAACAAUCAAAUAGAGGUAAACGAAAAAGUAUUGUGCAACAGCAAACAGUGAACGAAACUGAUGAAACACAAAUACAGAUGCCUGAAGCCACCUUUAGUCAACAUGAACAAACCUAUCUGAAUAAAGAAUCGACAUUAACUACUACAACAAAAUUAUUUCAAAGUAGUGGUCGUUGCAUCAUUGUUUGUUCAACAUCAAAAGAUAUUGAACAUGGUAAUAGAAUGAAACUAAUAUUAAAUGAGUCUGGAAUUCAAUGUGAUUUACGUUUAUGUUCAACGUAUAAAUCGACACAAGCUAUUUUAAAAUUAUUAGCACACUAUACGUUCGAACAUCAUCGACCAACCAUUUUCAUUACCAUUGGUAAUAUUAGCAAUGGUUUAGCUAUGGUCUUGUCCGCUAAUUCUCAAUAUCCAAUUAUUCAUUGUUCAGUUAUUAAUGAUACAGCUACAACAAAUCAUUUUUUGGAUAUUAAUUCAUUUAUAAUGGAAAAUAUUUCCUAUUCAUUAGUCUUUUCAAUACAAAGUGCUAUUCAAACUGUAAUGCAAAUAUUAGCCAUGCAAGACUGGAGACUUUGGUGUAAACAGCGAGGAAAACGUUUAAGAUCAUAUAUUGAUUUAUUGAUUGGUGAUCAACACUUGACACUGGCAAGUAAUAAAAAUAGCUAA